AUGGCUCCGCUUGCGAUAAUAAUAAUUAAUGAAACAUUUCGGCUUGUCGGAAAUCAAACCGGCAGCGCUCUGUCCAAGUUUGGUGUGGUGUACGUGAUGACCCACGACUCUAUCGGUCUCGGCGAGGACGGGCCUACCCACCAGCCCGUGGAGGUCAUGGAGCUCCUUCGGUCCACCCCUAACAUGAUGGCCUUCCGCCCGGCCGACGGGAACGAGGUAACAGGGUCGUACAUCUGCGCGAUGGAGGCGGGCUCCACCCCUUCCGUUCUGGCGCUCUCGAGGCAGAACUGCCCCCACCUAAUGGGGACCUCUGCCGAGCUCGUGGCCAAGGGGGCCUACACCCUCUGCGAGCACGGACCCGGCGGUGCCCCCGACGUCAUCCUCGCCGCCACCGGUUCGGAGGUGCACAUGUGCGUGGACGUGGCCAAGGCUCUCGGAGCCAGCGGCACCCAAGCCCGCGUGGUGUCAAUGCCGUGCUGGGAGCUCUUCGAGCAGCAGGACGAAGCGUACCAACUCCAAGUGUUCCCUGCCGGGAGCCCGGUCAUGUCGGUCGAGGCCGGCGGCACCCAGGGCUGGGAGCGGUGGGCGCACGCCCCCUUCGGGAUGGCCCGCUUCGGCGCCUCGGCCCCGUGCAAGCCUCUCUACGAGAAGUUCGGCUACACCGUGGAAAACCUCACCAAGCAGGCGAGUGCCUUCCCGAAGUCGAUGGCGCUUCCCCUUAAAAACGCACUCUGCUUUUAG